UAUAGAAAAUAGUCUAAACUCUAAAUCUAUUGUAAUGUAACUGAUGGAUGCUAUGCUCUUCUACUAUUACUAUUACUGGGAGUAAUUAGACUGAUAUUCUAAAACUAGAUCUUGGAGACUAAACGUGCUUUUGUAAUAACUACGUAGAUAGAAAAAUUGUUAUUCCAGUUCAUAUUUUUGUUGCAUUACACUUAAACUUUAUUAUCAGAUGCCAGCUCUUGUGUGGGUAUUGAACAACUGCUACGUUACCGGUUACUCCAACGAGUUCAAGGAAACUAGGGCUAAGACUAAGAUACCAUUUCAUCGCAUUAACACUUGACAUAAAAUUAAAAGUAGAACUAGAAGGAGAUUUUAAAAUUUUUUCCUGUCAUAACUUAAUUACAAUUGAAGCAUCUAGACUUUAAUAUUUUUAGGUAAUACUUAGUCAAUUCAGAAUUGAACCGAUUUAUUGAAAAUAUUAAAGCGAGGCACUCAGUGGCAGCCAGUCCAAAAUAUUUAUAUUAUUGUUAAUGCCAGAUUGACAAAAAAAAAAAAAAAAAAAAACAGUGCAAAAACGAACAACGUUACAUUUGAGCUCAGUUAUUCGUUAGGCCUAACAUUUCUUGUAGUGGCACUGCCAUUAGUAAUAGUUGCAAUAUAUUAGAGGGCCUAAAAUUGCUUAGUUAAACUACCAUUUAAGUUUUCACUUGGCUGUGUUAAUUGUUUUUAAGAUUUAGAAUAAUAGAUCGAACUUGAUCCAUUUGUGAAUUACUUGUCUUCAUGAUAUAGGCCUAACAAUAGACUCCAGUAGUAACAUUUAUAGUUACAGUUAUACUAUAGUGUAAUUUAUACUAUAAAAUAUAUAUAUACUGAAGGCUUUGUUUAGCCUUGGGUAUUCAUACCCGUAGGUAACAAUUAAAGUAGACAGUAUAAAUUUACUAUUGUGAAUAAAACCUAUAUUUAGGGUCAAAAUUUUAGAAAUUGGUCAAGUUAACAAUUUGCAUUGACUCAUAACAAAAGAGAAAAGGUUGAUUAGUAGAUAAAAGUGUUCACCUUUCAAAUGUAUAAUAUUCCAAAUUUUGUAAAACAUUCAACCCAAAGUGGUAUAGGCCUGGUCUUAAAUCAACCAUGUUAUAUAAGAACACUUUUUGAACAGUGGCUAAAUCUUAGGAUUAGUUUUCAACAUUAAAAACUAAAAAUCCAAAAAUAUACAUCUCGGUAUCUACCACUGUUACUGAGAGAAAAGGCAAAAGGAAGUAAAACAAAGAGGCAGCUUUAGUCAACACUGUAUAUGUGAUGAAAAUAUUUAUUUGAACUUCUUUAGAUUUCAUGAAAUACAUUGUUGACUGGUUGAGUAUAGAUUCCUUUAGAAGCUUUCUUGUUUGUGCAACAUUCUGCAAACCUAAUAUUUGCUAAAGGUUUUUUGCAGAGAAAUCUAUAUUACAUAAUUGUACUGUGUUUUGCUUAUCAUUUUGAAACAAGACUAAAAUUAUCAAACGUUAGAAAGGAAAGAAUUGCUUGUUUCAUCAGACUUAGAAAUAAACAUAAUUUUGAUCAGACUGCAUUCCACCAUGAAUAGCAAUACAAAGAAGAAGAAUAGGGCAAAUACCAUUAGUAAACCUGUUAGACCAAAAGGAUCACAAGAAAAGUAUGUUACGAUUGAAGGUGUAUAUAAUAAUGCAAGAUUUAUGCAUGGUGCUGCUUCCCUUGUGGGUUGCAUUGUACAAGUUCAGGUUAAAGAUGGAAACUUAAUUGAGGGAGUUUUCAAGACAUUUUCUCCAAAGAUGGAGUUGGUGUUGGAAAUGCCACAUACAGUAGACAGUACAGUUGUCACUGUUUCAACUGUCCAUGGUUUAGACCCAAAGCUCAGUAGCUAUAUAAACAAUUACAGUACUCAAGACUCUGUAACAGAGAAACUUAUCUUCAGUCUUGAAGAUGUUGUAAUGGUUAAAGCUGUGAAUAUAGACCUAGACUAUGCAACUAGAGGUUUUACAGAUUCUUCAAUUAGCAAAUUUAAUGGCCAAAUUUUAGAGAAAGAGUUGGAGCCUUGGGAAGAACCACCUGAAGGAUUUGACAGAACCAUCUCACUGGAACCCAACAAAGAAGAUGCUAAAAAUGGUUGGGAUGCUAAUGAAAUGUUUAGAACAAAUGCUGAAAAAUAUGGAGUGACUUCAACGUAUGACAGCACACUUCAAGGCUAUACUGUACCUUUGGAACGAAAAAAUACUGAAGAAUAUAAGAAACAAGAAGCAAAAGCUAUGAAAAUAGCCUUGGAAAUAGAAAAUAGUCAGCAGUAUCGCACAAGAAUAGCGUUAGAAAAUGGUGAUGAAGAAGAAAAAUAUAGUGCUGUGAUAAGGCCCACAGAAAACAUGCACAAUAAUUCCAAUAGGUAUGUUCCACCUCAAAAAAGAAGAAACGUUCCAGGAAGUAAAGUGGUUCGAACCAUAACACAGCCACCUUCGUUACACCCAUCAAAGUUGUCACAGCAUGUUGGUCCACAUGCAUAUUCCUAUGGCCACAAUAGACCUAUAGCAACAACAACACCAAGUCCUUUGGUCACCACUGUGACUACACCAUCCCCUAACCAUGCCUCUACCAAGCCAUCUCAGACACCUGUAAUUCCAUUUCAGCAGCAGACAAUUUCACCACAUCAGCCUCAUCAUACAGUUCAUUAUCAGGAAGCCAAGGAAACAAGAGUUAAUGGGGGUAAAAUGCCCCAGUCUAAAGAAUUAAGGACAACUCUUCCAACAGAAAACAAAGAAAAUAUUCCUAAUGUUGCACAUGUAACUAGUAAUACAACUGUAACAUCUCAGCCUGUCACAUCCACGUCUAAACCUUGUGAAAAAAGAAAAGACCAAGAGAGAAAGGGAGGGAACCAGAAAGGGAGAGAUGAACAGUUGGCAGAAUUUAAAAAGUUUAGUUCAGAUUUCAGGGUAAGAUUUUUGUUAAUCUAUUCUGUUUUUGGCCCUCGUAUGGUGCCUUCUCAGGCUGUGGGAAUGGUUCCCUCUUCCCAUGCAGUAUCAUAUGGUGAAUAUUCCCAGAUGGGUGGGCACAUAUACAUGUCUCCACAUAUGGGAGCAGCUAUGGGUCACAGUCCUCAUGGAGUUCCUAUGAGUGCAUUGCAAAAUAUGAUACCCCAAGCAUCUUCUGGACCCCAUUCAGCCCCAUCAACUCCACAGUCACAGACUCCUGGUACUCCUCUUCAUGCACCAUCUCCAGUACACCAGCAACCACCAGGUGGACACCAUAUAACACCAGCCCAGACUCCAACUCCAACAGGUCAUCCAGGCCCAACACACACACCACAGCCUGUGGUCUACAGCCAGAUGUUGCCCCAGCCUUCCAUACAACAUGGGCAUCAUAAUCACAACACAUCUCAAGCACCCCAUAUAAACCAGAGCCACCCACAUCCCCACCAUUCUAGUUUCUCAGGUACUCCCCACCCACAGUCUAUGAUCUUUAUGCCUCCUACUCCACACCAUUCUGUAGCUCCUCCUGUACCUCACACGCUCCAUGGACACCCAAUUCAUGGGCACAAUCCAGGAAGUCAUGCUGGAACACCUACACAUGUAAUACCACACAUGCCAAUAACUGUAAUUCCAACCAGUGCCACUAUGGGUCCUACUCCAACUCCAAUGGUCAGUGCACCUUUUAUAGGGCAUCCACAAGGUAGGCAAAUACAUUUUAUAAAAUUAGCUUAA